AUGGUGGCCGUGACCGAGGGGGAGGCGGCGGUGGCGUGGGAAGCCGGAAAAGAAUUGACCCUUGAAGAAAUCGAAGUGCUGCCGCCUCGUGCCCACGAGGUGCGUAUUGCUAUUCAUUACACCGGCGUCUGUCAUACGGAUGCAUAUACGCUUUCAGGAAAAGAUCCAGAGGGCGUCUUUCCCUCCAUCCUUGGCCACGAGGGCGCCGGUAUCGUCGAAUCCAUAGGACCUGACGUGACUUCUGUCCAACCUGGGGAUCAUGUAGUCGCGCUUUAUAUACCUGAAUGCAAAGAGUGCAAAUUUUGUAAAUCCGGGAAGACAAAUCUUUGUAGCAAAAUUCGCGCGACUCAAGGAAAGGGUGUUAUGCCAGAUGGUACGUCACGAUUCCGAUGUCGAGGCCAGGAUAUAUUGCAUUAUAUGGGCACCUCGACCUUUUCCCAAUAUACAGUGGUCGCUGAUAUCUCGGUGGUAUCCCUCCCCCGCAUAGCUCCCAUGGACCGGACCUGUUUACUGGGUUGUGGUAUAACUACCGGUUAUGGAGCUGCGAUUGAGACCGCCAAAAUAGAGCAAGGUUCUACCGUGGGCAUCUUCGGUGCUGGCUGCGUCGGGCUCUCGGUGGUUCAAGGAGCCGUCAAGAGCAAGGCUAGUCGCAUUAUUGUCAUCGACAUUAAUCCUGAUAAGAAGGGCUGGGCCGAGAAGUUUGGAGCGACUGACUUCCUCAAUCCAACCGAGCUUAAAAACCAGACAAUAGUGGAGAAGCUCAUAGAGAUGACAGAUGGAGGCUGUGAUUACACAUUUGAUUGUACGGGAAAUGUGGGCGUGAUGCGUGCGGCUCUCGAAGCGUGUCACAAGGGUUGGGGACAGAGUAUUAUAAUAGGCGUUGCCGCAGCUGGUCAAGAAAUUUCCACUCGACCAUUCCAGCUCGUUACCGGACGCGUUUGGAAAGGAUGUGCUUUUGGCGGAAUCAAGGGCCGCAGCCAGCUUCCAGAUUUAGUAGAGGAUUACCUGCAGGGAAAUUUAAAAGUAGAUGAAUUCAUUACCCACAGAAUGAAGUUCAGUGGAAUUAAUGAGGUAUUUGAUGUAUUAAAACGUGGUGAAUGUAUUCGCUGUGUUGUUGACAUGAGAGAGACGUAA